AUGGAGGCGAUAGAAGUGGAUAUGGAGAACAGCAUGCCGUUAGUGCAACUGCGACAAAGUGGAGAACAAGGUGAAAUUUGCAAAAAUUGACUUUUGCGGUCAUUCAACCCCAAACUUGUUAACGUUCGUUCAAAAAUAUUCGUCGAACCGAAACCCCAUUAUUCAGUACACAUUCUCUAAUAUUUUAUCUAUCUUAGCGCUAGAAAAUCAGCGUUCUUCAAUAUUUCCGUGAAGCUUUUCAGUAUCCGUUCCCCUUGUUCAAUCGCGAGAAGCCGAAGAACGUCUGGUGACGAGCGCCCGUCAAACAGACAAAAUCGACGCGGACGACCUGCUCGCCCUGGCGAGCCAACUAAGCGCCGCCCGUCAACUAGUGAAGGGACGAGCGUGCGACCGUCUGAAGCAGAUCGCCGAUCAGAUGGAGCAGUUGCACAUGGCCGCGCGGGCGGUACUGGAAGACGCGCAGAGGGACGAGGAGCUGCACAAUGUGCCGUGCAACAUGCAAAAACAGCCGGGACGAAUCUAUCAUUUGUACCAAAAGUACGGAUCCACCGACAAGUAUUUUUCGAUGCUGGCGCCUGACGAGUGGGGACAAAGUCAGAAGAAAGAGGAGUUCGUCGGAUCGUAUCGGCUGGAGUAUGAUCGUAGUUGGACGCCCGUUGCCGAGAUGAAUCGGAAAGAUGAAGAGAUCGCACGACUCCAGCAGCUCCUGCAAAGAGGAGGCACCGCCCGUCUCACUUGGCAAUAA